GGCAGCAGAGGCCCAUUAUGGCCCACUUCGAGCAGUCACUCCAUCAGCACGAAUUCCUACCCCUGUGCGAUGUACUAUUCAACAUAAUAUCACUAGCGUCUUACUUCUGUGAUGUUGUUUUCGAUCUGGCGAUGGGGUACGCUCUAGCGAAUCAUCCGACAGCUCCGUCAAUAUUUUUUCCACUGAGCAUUGGAUUCGUGAUUGCAUCGCUGAUAAUUUCACAGAUCAUAAGCAUGCGGUGGUACUUAUGGGGCGCCCGCGGGAAACUCACCAUCCACGUCGCGUCAGAGGACUCGUCAUCUGGCAAGAAGAAAUUAAAUUGGACUGUAUGGUGUGUCAUCGUUCUUCAUACCACGCAGAUCGGAGUCCUGUGGAGAUACUUUAAAUUAUUUAUUCCUGUCAAUUUGACGUUUGUUAAACAUGAGGUCCGAGAGCUAUGCGUUCUCCGACUGAUCCACGCAUUCUGCGAGGCAGCCCCAAUGCUCCUCCUUCAAUUAUACCUCCUCUCGAUAGGAAUUGGUAACAACGUGGUAAAAGAGGGAAGAACAGAGCUAGAGUCAGAGACCUGGGAUGCCAGUAAACUGGGUGAACUAACAGCUGUGUCAGCAGGUUUAUCCCUCUGGAGUGUGUGCUGGGCAGUAGCAAGUUUCAGUAAAGGUGCCGCAAGGCUCAGGAACUUGGAGCGCCUGGUGCUGACGUGGCUGGGGGUGCUGGCACAGCUCGCGUGGCGGCUGGGAACGGUCAGUGCUAGAGUGGGAGCCCUGGUUGCCUAUGCCUCCCUUUACGGAGGCCAGUGGCUGCUAAUCGUCAUGGCUCUGCACUGGCUAUCAAUGCUCAUGUGGCUGCUGCUGACCCCCGACGGCCUCUUCCACGGUGGAGAGCGCCUCUCAUUUACCAGGAAAACCUUCCUCGCAUCGUUACUCGCGUUCGUCUACGUCUUCGCUUACGUGAAUCUCCACGAGACGAAUCAUCGACAGAAGAUGCUCAUAUUUUACACUGUUAUGUUCCUGGAGAACAGUCUGUUGAUCGGCGUGUGGGCUGUGGGGAUCAACGAGAAUCACCUCAGGUUUCCCAGUCAACCGAAACCGGCGAUUCUCAUUUUAAUUCUCACUGCAUUGUUUUUCGGUGGAUUGUGCUUCAUGGCGCUGUACUACCGAUUCUUUCAUGUUAGGAGAUUGAGGUACGAGGCUGGGGGAAGAAUGAGUGGAAAUAGUGCGGCUACCACUCUCUCCAGUCAUGGUAAUAAUGGAGAAAAAAGAAUGGAUUAUUAUGACACGAAGAAGUUAUCAAACGGUUUAAACAUCAGCAUGCAAAAGGUGAAGUUAAGCAACAACGGAAUUCCUGGGGUGUUCAAUUGUCGCUUUGCCAACCCUGCUGUAUCUAAUCUCAACAGAAAGAAGAAGAAACCAACGACGUUUGUGCCACCCCCUCCGCCUCCUCAGGCACUAGGUGAUACGAAACACUGGAAUAACAGUAAGACGAAUACCAAACAACUGAUUCCUUUUUGGAAGCGACCACUGUCGAUUGCUGACAAUUAUGAAGACGAUCAAAAUGACAAGAAGAACGACGUGGAGCGUCCAAUGGGCUCAUUAAACAUAAAUUUAAUCCGCGAAAAAUUGCGGGAGAAGAAGCAACAGCAGUUACGUGAAUUACGCGCUAUUCAGGAAGAAAUAAGAGAGGGAAAAUUGGUUCCACCUCCUUCGGCAUCGGCUACGUCCCUAUCUUCCUCGAUUUCGGCGGCUAAUCAGCAACCCCCGCCGAGCGCCAAACUGCACACAUCUCCGAAUUCGACUGUAUGUCCAGUCUCUGCGUCGUCGUCUCCCUUACGUGACGCCGGCAAUGGGGCCCCCUUGACUUCGUGGCCCCCGAUCAAGAUGCAUUGUUUAUUACCCCCACCGCCGUCUUCUUCGUUUCAUCCUGUAACACUUGCUUCCAAUAUUUGGAAGGAUUUGGAGCAGCGGGAGAGACAUGACACUUCGGAAAUUUUGUUGGCUCCGAGGUGUUUGCCACUGGCUUCGGGACAUCAUUAUCCUCAUUGGACACCCGAGCACAGCCAAAAUGGUGAGGAUGAUAGUUCCAAAGGUGAACCAGAGGCUGGAGAAGAGAUAAGUGACAUGGAGGGCAGUCAAGAUUCCCUCCCAAAAAGUCACACCCUCCCACGAGAGUUCAAAUACAAUAACGAAACUAAUCAAGGACGAGAGCGUCGUGUUUACGUCAAUAGACCGUAUUCUUCGAGGUUUCUGCAACCCUCAAACAACAGUUCUGAUGGUGACGUCGAUAGUGCCGAUAACGACGAAGAAACAGAUUCAGAGCUGCAGGGUGACGUGAGAAAUCUCCACGCCCUCAGCCACGAGAACGACGUGCAAAGGCGAUUUGCAUUCGAAACCGAAGAAACCAUUGAUCAUGGGAGUUCCGUGGCCAAUGGUGUGCUGACGUCCAUGGGAACUCUCUGUUAUUUAAAUAAUUCGUAUGGCUCCAGGAUGAACCAAAUGCUCAAAGUUAAAGUCAAGCAUGAGACUAAAUUGUGAGAUGGCGUACUCAAACAUUUUCCCAAAAGAUCAUUAUUUUUUAAUGAAUAACACGUACGAAAAAAUUCCAUAAGAAAAUCUAGCCAAUUCGUAAAAACAUUCCUUUAGAUUUCUACUGAAUUUUCGAUUGUUUGGCCGACUAUUGAAAAAUUUCGCAGCUUAUCUGCGCUUUUUUCAAUAGAGAUGUUCAAUGGAGAAUAUUCUAGUGGAAAAAUCAAUAGAAUUCGAUUUUUCAAUCAUAUUCUAUUGAGAUAUUUGCUACAGAAAUUUCUCGGCUCAAAUUUUCUAUUUUUUCCUUCAUUGUCCUAAUGAAAGGAGAAGGAUAAUACAGUGAAAAAAACUUCAGAAAAUUCAUGUCGAGGAAUUCCUAAAUAUAGACAAUGUUUUAAUAGAAAAAUUGUAUAGAAAGAUGAAAUUCUACUGAUUUUUUCCCUAAAGUAGUUUAUAUUGUACAUUUGCUGCUGAAUAGUUGGUCAAAAAUUAAUGAAAUUUUCUAUCGAAUUCGUUAGGUGUUUCUGUGAAUUUUUUCGUGUGUGAACUUAAGGAGACAUAACAAGACUGGUUGACAAGAAGAAAGCCGCAAUUCCCUCGAUAAAAUAAAACAUUGAAUUCCGUCCAGAAUGUGUAUCACUAAUAAUAUCUGUGGGAAUAGGUGACAGCUGGGGUAUUUUAAACCAUAUUUUGACUCCGAUUUAACGUUUAAUAAUACUUUUAUUAGAAUAAUCAAGCAGCGUACAAAUCUUCAGCACUUGUUGUGCGGCCAUCUUGAAGAAAAACUAUAAUAAAGGCGUAAUUGCGCGCGCGGGAACCCAGUUGAACUCAGACUCUACACUGAGAGGAAAACGACAAAGUUCUCAA